AUGCUAUGGAUCCAUAACGUCGAGACCGGUAAUACCGUGUUGUCACGGCAGCUGUCCAGCAGUCCGGUCCUGCAGCUCCGGAAGGUCAAGACCAAGGUUCCGACCAUCUCAAAGAAAGCGGCUGCCGCGAAAGCUCGUAGGAAGGAGGCUCUCAAGAAGAAGAGGAACAUCUACGAGCAUGAGAAGAUGCCCUUAACGGAGGCCAUUAACGUCCUGCGAGCGGUUGAAGUGGCCAGACCAAAUGCAACCUACGAGCUCAUAGUCAAGACCGAGAUGAAGCAAGGCACUGCCAUUCCGAAGGGGCGUAUCAAUUUACCCCGGGAGGCGAAGCAGAAAGCUCGCGACAAGAUUCUUGUCUUUGCGGAGGGGAGGCAGGCGGACGAAGCCAAGAAAGCAGGUGCUGACAUCGUGGGCGGUCCGGAGCUGAUCGAGGGUGUCAUAAAUGGUCGUCAUCAAGCCACCAUCUUUCUCUGUACGCCGAACCUCAUCCGCACGAUUACGCCAAAGCUGGGUCGUGUCCUUGGUCCUAGAGGUUUAAUGCCGUCAGAGCGUCGCGGCACUGUCACGGAUGAUAUAGCUGGGUACAUCCGGAGACUCCAAGGGAGUGACGAAUGGAAGGGCGACAAGGCUGGCACCAUUCGCACACCCAUCGCAAAGCUACAAUGGCCCAUAGACGACGUUAUCAAGAACGUUCGACACUUCAUCACAACUGUGAAGCGGGCGACGGGCAUUCAGAAGGACGACGCAGAGUCUAAGAAGGGCAAUAAGCCCUCGACCUCAAUAACGAAGGUCGUCCUCAGUUCUAACCAAGGACCUGGCAUACAGAUAGCAGAUGUAUAA